GGAACAAUCUGGACGUCUAAAAUUAGGGAGGCGCCCCAACUGCAAAUGACGCAAGAAGACUAAAGUGGAUGUUGUCGUCGUCCCUGUGAGUAAAUGAUAACACGACUCGAGGGGUCAUGGAGACCCUCGCCACAAAUUAGCUGUUGACGACACGGAGGGUAUUUUUAGCUGCGGCUGUCAUGUUUUCGUAACGGCCCGGCCGUGGCGUUCACUAUAAAGGACUGUGAAAAUGCAGCUGUACAACAGUGCGCUGACACACUACCCGAGGACGUCUCGCAGAGUUACGAUUACUUUGUCGCCCGCCGCCGAGCACUUGAACGGGACGACUCGAAGUUCCCCGGAGGUCGACGGAGCGGGGUUUGACCGACGUCAGGCGACUUCCAGCGGCGGCGACGCUGCGUCACACAUGCCCGCCUUUUCCAGCUACGAGGCUUCGCCCGCGAGGCCGACUUACUUCACCUCCACCGCAGAGAUAUUAAUCCGCAAACCCGACGGGCUGGAAAGAUCCGUGCCCGUUCGCAUCGUGAGGGGGCCUCAAAACAACACCCCCUCCCUUCAGUCGCGUGCGCUCUGCAGCGACGCAGGCAGGGUGGGAGAACUGGUGGAGCACGUCAGACAUGGGACGGAGAUGUUUGCUCCUGGUGGGAAUCUUGUUUUCAAGAGCAACAGCGCAAAUGAAUCCGUAGCAGAUGAACGGAAACGAAAGAUUGGGAGUUUAUUGGAGGAUGAUGCGGAUUCACUCCCCAGUGCCCACUUUCGAAAUGGAUGGGAGCUGGCUGCACCCAGAUCAGUUCACAAAGACUUCAGAAAGGAGCAUCUCAGUGAUGCGACCCCAGCCUCAGAUGACAAGCAGGCCUUUGAGCUCAGCGUCCUGCAGGAGGCAGCUCCUCAGAGAGUCCAGGACAAAGUGGACAAAGUCACCCGGUACCUGGCUGAAGUGGAGAAGCAGAACAAGUACCUCCAGGAGAGGCACAGGUACAGGUACCACAUCAUUCCAGAUGGCAACUGUCUGUACAGAGCUGUGUGCAAAGCCGUGUACGGGGACCAGUCCAGACACGGGGAGCUGCGGGAGCAGACGGUGUACCACAUCGCCGACCACCUGGACGACUUCAUCCCAGUCAUUGAAGGGGAUGUGGGGGAGUUCCUAAUCAACGCAGCUCAGGACGGCACCUGGGCAGGGUACCCGGAGCUUCUCGCCAUGAGCCAGAUGCUCAACGUCAACAUUCACCUUACAACUGGGGGGAGCUUGGAGAGUCCCACUGUCUCCACCAUGGUGCACUAUCUUGGGGAGGAGGAUGCUUCCAAACUGGCUAUCUGGUUGAGUUGGCUCAGCAAUGGACACUAUGAUGUCAUUUUGGACAAGUGUCUCCCCAACCCAGAGUAUGAGGACUGGUGUCGACAGUCACAGAUGCAGCGGAAGCGAGACGAGGAACUGGCGAAGUCGAUGGCAGCCUCGUUAUCCAAGAUGUACAUAGAACAGAACGGAUCUGUGUGAAAGAAAGUCAUCUCGAGAGUGAAUGUUUGUUACUGAAUAGUAUCGCUCCUGCUUAGUUUUAAAUUAUUUUUAUAAGAUUUCUAUCAUGGGUGAAAGGAAGUGCAGUGCACAUGCGUGGGUUUUUAUGAACCAGAAUUUCCAAAUGAUUGUUUGAAAGGUUGUGUGGCAUUUUGAGAUACUUUUGGUUACGAGACGUAGAUUAUUGGAGUGGAUUUGGUGUGUACAGUAUUUAUUUUUCCUUUUGUGGGGGGCAAACAUAUUUUUCUGAUAUGCUUUAUUGGCAGUUGCCAAAUAUUUUCAAAUACAGAGAAACCUAGUUUGCAUUUUUACACCUGGCUUUAUCAUGCAUUAUCUGUUUACUCACUUUUGCACAAAAGUCCAGUCAGACUUGU